CCAAAAGUCAUCUCUCUAUGGUACUAGGCCAAGCGCAUUAGUAAGCAAAUGUUGUGUAAAGUCAUCAGUUUUACGAACCGACGCUACCGGUGGUGUUUGAUGAAAUUUAAUAAAAGAUGUUUAAACGCGCUACAUUGUUAUUCGUGGUCGAACAGAACUAAUAGCACACAUUUAACCAAAGGUUUCAGUGAUUUCAUUAAAACUACGCUUGACAGAAGAAGAUCAACGUUUUAAUCGUAUUUUGACACAAUGGUUGAGGAUCCUAAAGCUUGCGUCCUGCAAUGGACUGGCCAUGCAGGAUAUGUUACAGAGAAAUUUAGUGAACUGUUCGCACGUCAAGCUCUUGUUGAUGUUACACUCGUCUGCGAAGAACAGAAACUUCGUGUUCACAAAAUGGUUUUAGCAUCGAAUAGUACAUAUUUCGAGGAAAUUCUACAGCAAGACUUGGGCCAGGAACCAAUUAUAUUUCUUAAAGAUCUAAACUUUGAAAUCUUGAAGGCCAUGGUCGAAUUCAUGUACUGUGGAGAAACUACAAUUCCUCGUCAAUUAUUAUCACCUUUAUUAACUGCUACAAAAACUUUUAAGGUUAAAGAGUUGGCGACCGUGGUCAAUGCCAUGAUGACUUCCAGUGUAACGAAUAUUGAUGGUAAUACAAACACAGAGAAAAAGGUUACUAAAUCAAAGAUUAGAAAUAAUGAAUCUAGUAAUACAGAUUACGUACGCGUAAAGUGUGAUGAACUUGUCGAAAACGAGUGUUUUUUACUUUGUAAUGAAAACAGUAGUGAUGUUUAUUCAAGUGAAAACCGAUUUUUGGAAAGUAAUGUUAUCGUUGAUACUCCCGAACAAGAAUUAGAGCAUAUGUUGUACGAGGAUUCGCAGGAUCUUGAUACUAGCGCAGAACAAACCGAUGCACCAUUUUUGGUCGAGUUAUCGAGUUCUGACAAUUUGAUAGAAAGCCGUAGCUUGACUCCAUCAAAAAAUUGUGAAACGAAAGAAGUAUCGAACAAGUGCUCUGAGAAUAGUAUAAUAAGUCGUGAUUUAAUAUGUACAAAUGAUGCAUUAAAACCUAUUUUGUAUGAACAAUGCUGUGAUCUCUCCGAUAUAGAUGAAUGCGAAGAAAGUUCUAUGUCUCUGUCGCAAACUUGCCUUCAGCAAAUCGAAAAAGACUUUGCGCAAUAUAACUUCGAAGGUAUCGAUGUUCCUGGUAAAGUAGGAAAGUGCAUUAAAGUUUACACGCAUAAAAGGCGUAAAUCUAUAGAUGAAAUGAAACCUAAACUUACGGAUGUAAAUAAUAUCAUACAAAGUCCACCAUCUACCGAUUGUAUAGAUUUGUUAGAUGAACCGUCCACCGAUGAUAUACCAGUUACACUUCUAACCUCAUUAGAUAUGGAAAGUGCCGAAUACAUUAUAAGUUUAAGCACCGAAAACAUUCAGUCCAUAGUGGGAGCUAAAUUAAGUGAACAAAAUACAAUAAAUACGUGUAAGGGAAUCGAACGUAUUAUUGGAUACGAUGAUCAGAAAGGUGCGACAAAUAAAAAGGAAUUGAACGUAGAAAAUUCUGGGGGUUCCAAUUGCAUGAAACCGAUAUUACGAAGAAGUCUGCGAUUGAACCAUCAGGAAACAGAGGAAAUUGUAAAUAACAAUGAUACUGUUAAAGAACAUCAUGGAAGAGAGAGACAUUUUAAAAAAUCCGGUUCCCUGAACAAGAUGGAGUUAUGUGCCAAACGGAAACGUAAAAUAAAGGACGCCGAUCAUAAAGUUCCGGAACAAAGUAUUAAUAAUAUAAUGCAGGCCAAUAAGAAAACGUUUAAUACCUCUCGUAAGAAUACUGCAAAAUUGAUCGUGAAAAAGAACAGCAAGCCUACGUAUACGAUAUCUAGCAAAGAGAAAGACGAUCAAACGGUCAAGAUAACGAAUAGAUUGAAAUGUGACGUAUCGGGAACAACGGUGGAGGACUCUAUUUUCACGUCGCUCAAAACAAACACCAUAGAGCAUAUAAAUCGUGCGUUAUGGGGGGAUAUGUCGGAUUUUCCAGAGGACUACGAAAAUAGAAUGAAUUUAUUGGAAUACACGCCGAAUACGGAAAUCCCAUUUGCUGUCGGAUUGUUGCCUCUGCGUACUGCUCUGGAAAAAAUGCAGGCAACGCCAGAUUAUCAGCCCCGUAAAACCCGUUCGUCGGUGGCUCCGAUAAGGCAGGAUAAUUGUACCUUUAAAAGAAAGAGCUAUACAAAUUCGGAGAAAGUUACUGUCGCUAAAAAGCAGAAUAGUUGUAACGGCUAUGCGAAAGAGAACGCGAAAACAGUUUGCCAUAUUGAAAUUAGAACGGCGCCGUCGCAAUACAUACGAAAUCGUAAAAAAUAUUUCACAACGGGCGUUGCCUCGUUGGAAACGGCUAUUAUGAAUAAGCAAUGACAAAUAUUCUAUAUUUUGUACAAAGGGGAAUAUAUAGUUAAGAUCAAUGACUCGAGAGUUUGUCCCUUGAUUUCUGAAAGAAUUCAAGAUAUAUUUUUUUUAUUUCUUUGGAUGUAUAAUUUGCAUUGAUAUCGAGUACGUCUGUACGUGUAUCGAACGCUAUCACAAAAAUAAACGCAAGUUCCUUCUGUCGGGGGAAAAAAAUAUUAAUAUAAAAUGGUUAUAGAAUAAUGAUACUUUUAUGUUUGUUACGAUUUUAUAUCGAAAACUGAAAAUUAUUUAAAUAGUGAAUAUAGUAUUAUAGUGUUUUGUACAGUGAUGAAAUUCUUUUGUAAAUUAAUUGCGAAUCGAACGCAACUGAAUUCUCCGAUGAAAAUAUUUUUUUAACGCACGAGUGUUAUAUUUGAUGCACGUAUGGAUCAAAAUCUAGAUGUAUGUACGUACACGCGCGCAACGAUUCACAUUUUUUUUUCAAAGUAGAUUCCUUGUUGGUAAUAUUGUGUACAUCUGCAUGAAAAUUUUUAAUUACCUUUAUUAAAAAUUAUACACGUGUCGUUUAUAAUAAUGUAAAUAUCCCAAUAUUAUAUUUCACGGGUUGUUAUCGGAUAACUUUAAGGAUCCUUCUAUAUUUUAUAUGAUUUAUUUAUCAUUUGUAUUAACAUUGUACUCUUUACUACGUUACGGCAACAAGUAAAUGAAAUUGUAAUAACACCGGUGUAAUAACUUUUAUACUAACAGCAAUCACUGUGAAACUAUAAAGUUACAAAUAUAUAUACUAUUGUAUUUUUUAUAUUCCAUAUAUUUCAAAAUUGUUCUAUAUAUUCAUUCGCAGUAUUUUUAAAAAAUG